AUGGGUUUAAAUCCCAAAUCUGACACAGUGGAUGGCACAACAGGAUCUGAAGACUCGGCUUUGAGGAAUCCUAGACUUUUGAAAGGUACUGCAAAGUUUCGUGUCUUAGGCGAUCUGAUCCUGCCUCCCCCAUCUACCUGCGGCCUUCUCACAGAACACGAGGAAUUGGUUCUCAGCCUUCGACCACAUCUCGAUGGAAUGGAUGGCCGAGAUCUAUCAAGUAUGCUGGCUCGGAAGAAGGAAGGGAAAUUGCCAAUAUUAUAUCAGAAAUUCCAAAACCUAUUCAAACUCUUAAACAUUCUUUUGAGAUCCAGAGAGAUCAAGAUCUGGAAAGACUUGGGUUUAGACUCACCACCUCAAGAUGAUUUUGUAUGCCCCUCCGGGAAGCUCAAUAGCGGAGCUAUGCAGUAUAUUAAUCAGCCCUCAUACUCGACUCUGAAUCUUGUUGAUAGAGAAACCGACGACCCAUUAAAUGGCUGUAUCGCAAUGCUUAUGGGAAACGCUUUCAAGAAAGAGGAUACCCUUAUAUUCGAUGACCUCCAUAGGCGAUCCGAGAAAUCUGAAAGCUACGAGACGUAUCCCCAAGAAUUUAUUGAUUGUCACAUGGAUUGGACACAGGGUAUCUGUGCUUCUGUAACAGCCAAAGUGGAGAUGGUGUAUGGAAUCCAAGUACAAAAGAGAGUUCGUCAGCGACGGGCUAUUAUUGUCUUACCAUUAUGGGGUGCCUUGAGCGACGUCUUUCUUUUCAGAGUGCACGAGUCUAAUUUUAGAAAUCAAGAUGGGACGUACAGAUAUCGCGAAGCUAUUCUGUUUGGUUGCCACCCACAACGGCUCUUUUAUGAAACUGUGGGAAGUGAUAUUGCUCGUCUGCAGGACUCGAUAACCGCAACGGCUACGAAGAUAGCUCAAGACGGGACGCCGUGCAUCAAGAAUUACUUUUUGGAAAAGAAGUGCAGGCAUAGUUCUAACAUACGGCAACAGCUUGAGAUCAGAGCACUAGGUCCGACCUUGAAAGGAGCCUUUGGCACUUUUCAAUACGUGAACAAAGAGGGAAAAAAUCGAGCUUCUAGUGCGACUGGUGAAGAAGUUUGGGGUUGCUAUUUCAUCUCAAAUUCGUACAGUAACAACAACCUCAGGCGCUUGCUUCCGUCAGCACUGCGGCCUAUCGAUGAGGAUUACGAUGAGCAAUGGAACGAUCCCUCCGACUUUCCAGAAGUUGUUCAGGAAUGGUUCAAAGGCCAGGAACAGAUCUUUUUCUACGAGUCCCGCAUUCAUAGCACUUCGGAUAUUGCAAAAGUAUUCGAGACAUCAUACAUGCCGAUAAGUGCGAGCCAUCCACCUUUUUGCUUCGGGAUAUGCUCAGGUAUAUGA